AUGAAGCAUCGAAAGGCAAAGAAAAUCUUGCUUGCGCUUCUUGCGCUCAUCGACCCCUCUACUGCAAUUCCAUACACACCGUCAUCUGUCUUCCUUUCCCCGCAACACAAUAACUCCCUUGCAUACAUCCUGCGCCCCAGCUCCACCGGCGAAACCGAGUUCGUCUCCCUCAACCUGUCCAGCAGUAUCGAUGCCGAGGAUUUAUCAUACCAAACACUGCUGAAGAGCACGCCGUUCUACAGCUCUGAUCAGAACUCGAGUUUUGUAUCCGCCAUCGAUGACCAGGGGCUCAUCACAGUCUACUCGGGCAACUGCCACAGCGCAUCCGAUAAUCCGGUACUAUGGCAGUUCCACCCAAACAAUAAAAGCCCAAUCGGCAAUGGAACGUGGGAUAGACUGCCAGUCAUCGCCAGUGGCGCAAAAACCGCACCGAACUACCUGGCGGCGGGGUUCAUGUAUUCGUCAUCCCGCAACGAAAAUGAGAGCUCCAUGUAUGCUUUUGGUGGGAUGUGCCCAUUCGAGAACAGCACGGACGAAACAUGGAUAUCGGCAGCCAACUAUUCCCAAUCGACGGUCGUGUUAGGGCCGAGUCCCUACUACAACACCAAGUUCACUGCUGCCACUACUGGCAAGCGCGCACCGCCCGUCGCUGAAGCUGGAAUGGCCGUCGUGCCGCUUCAGCCUACCUAUGCCUCUGGUUCUACGGGAAAACAACAGGACUUUUUGUUUAUUGGUGGUCAUACUAGACAGGCAUUCCUGAACAUGUCGCAACUUGCCGUUUUCUCGCUACCGCAGCAAAGUUGGAGCUUUGUUUCUGCAAUCUCGGAUUCAACGCCAAAGGCUGAGCUCACUGUUCGGGAUACAGUUUCCAUUGAGCCUCGCUCCGGUCACACUGCGGUUCUCUCGGAAGAUGGCACCAAAGUGUUUGUAUUUGGAGGUUGGGUGGGCGAUAUGUCUGUCCCUGCUGAGCCGCAAUUUGCAGUUUUGGAUCUUGCAGAAGGUUUCGGUGGAGCUACCGAAUGGAUUUGGACAGCACCCUCCUUCGAAGGAUUAGGGAUCGACGAGGGUGCUGGCAUCUUCGGACAUGGAGCGGCAAUGCUUCCUGGAGGCGUGAUGAUGAUUUCUGGGGGUUACAAUAUCCAAAAACCAUCCUCGAAACGCGCCUUAACGACUGCACAAUCCAACUCACGGGUCUAUCUCUACAAUGUUACUUCAAGCAGUUGGGUCACUUCGUACAGCAAUCCUGCAACCAGUUCCCCGAAAGCCUCAGCUUCCUCCAGUCCCAGUAAGCUUUCAUCAUCGCAAAAGGCCGGCUUAGGGGUCGGACUGGGCAUUGGAUGCCCCGCUGCUAUAGCUAUUGUUUUAUGUGGAUGGAACUACCACCGAAAGCGCCGCGUAAAGGGCAAGCGAGACUCGCAGCUGCGGGAACUUGCUUUGGGGGCAGAACGAGCUCACUUUUGGGGUCGGGAUUGUCCAACUCAAGCAAGCAGCAUUCGGACUUCUGGAAUGAGCGAAAAAAGAACACUACCGAACUGGAAAGAUCAGGGCGAAGGCACGGCGGAGAGGACUGGGCUGCUGAUGGACCCUACUAGUCUAACCAAGAAUAACCGACCCCCUGUGGUACCUCCAGUGAACAAUAGGCCAUACUCAUAUCGAAACAGUGAAUACCGACGCAGUGAUGCUACUGGUGAUAUCCACCCUAUUGACGAACGCGAGGAAGAUGAAGCCAUGCUCCGAGAACAUCUUACGGCAACCAUUCCAGCUGGAACAGGACCCACGGCCAAGACAACGGAGAACGAAGACCCCUUCUCAGACACCCCCUACGCAACUCCUCGAAGUACCAUCUUUGGGGUUGGCCUAGGUCCUUUCUACAGCCGACGGAAGAAUAUUGAAUCUUUGGAUGCCGAGUCCCAGACAAAAAGCGAAAAAACAGCCACCAACCUGUCUGAAAACUCGGCCUUGUCCUUUGUGUCCUCCCAGCCUGUAGGCAAGGUCAACCAAGCGCGAGCCAUGCUCGUCGAUCGACCUAUGAGCUGGGGCAGUGGGCGCCAAUCACUGGAAUACCUCGCCGCAGGCUCAACACACAGCGACCCAGACGGUGUAGCCCCCUCGGAUAAAUCAGUCUCAGCGGAUUCCUACUCUACAGCCCAAACAAACCUGUCCCACCGCCAGUCAGAGAACGAGUCCCUCCUCUUCGAGUCCAUAGAUUCCACCACAGCUCCCCCAUCCCCCUCAAAACUGCCCCGAGAAUCCAAAACCAAAGCCUCCGACUGGGUAAUGAGCACCAUGCGCCGAGCCCUAACAAUGAGCCGCCGCAGCCCCGAUAGCCAGCUAUACUCGGGCGCCAAUACCACUAGUACAGCGCACCGCGCCUCCGGCAUUGACCGCCGCAGCACGCUACUCGGAACCAGCCAGCAAUCCACAAGCUCAGGACCCAGCACGCCGCGCCGAGCUGUCAGCGCUUCGGCAGAGUUGUUCCGCCGCAAGCAGGGCGCCAAAGACUGGAACGCGCGCAAGCGAGUCUCAGAUGAUGUGUUCAACACUGCCCGGUCUACACGCGAUGAUCUUUUCGUCGGCGCGCCAGGUUAUCUGGGCGACGAGGCUGGCUUCGGCGAUGAUGAAGAAGAUGUCUAUGAUUGGGAUUUGGAGGGUGCUGCUGAGGGCCGACGAGUCCAGACGACUUUUACCGUUCCUCGAGAGAAACUCCGUGUUGUUAAUGCUACCGCUGGCGAUAUUGAUAAUAUGUCUGAGCGCUCGGUUAGUUGGGGCACUGGGAACAGGAGGGUUAGUACCUAG